AUGCGACUCUGGGUUGAGGAGAACCUAUUGCCCCAUACUCUGGAAUGGGAGCAAUCCCCGUCGCUCCCGGAUUCACUCUACGAAAAGGCAGCUAAGGAUGGUCUGAUCAUGCCCAUGGCGGCUGGGGCAGAAAUUCCGCAAGAAUGGAGAGGGAAAUAUCCAAUCAUCGGCAACGUUACCCCCGAAGAAUGGGAUGGAUUCCAUGACUUCAUUAUUCACGACGAGUUUGGCAGAGUUGGUGGAAUAGGUAUCGAGAAUGGUUUGGUUGGCGGUCCUGUUUUGUCCGUGCCCGCCCUUCGGAAAUACGGUUCGCAGAAGAUCAAAGACGUCGUUAUACCAGACAUACUCUCUGGUCGCCUUCGAGUAGCCCUAGCCAUCACUGAGCCUGGAGCUGGGUCUGAUGUUCAAGGUGUGCAGACAGAAGCAAGGGUGUCAGAGGACGGUUUACACUUUAUCGUUGACGGAGAAAAGAAGUGGAUAACUUCGGGCAUGUAUGCGCAUUACUUCGUAACCCUUGUUAAGGAAACAACAGGGGAGUUUACGCUAUUGGUCAUACCACGAACAGAGGGCGUCACAACUACGCAUAUAACGCUCUCCGGAUCAACGGCUGCUGGUACAGCUUUUGUGGACUUUGAGAAUGUUCAAGUUCCAAUGGACAUGGUCGUUGGCGAGCGUGGGCAGGGACUCAAGUACAUUAUGUCCAACUUCAACCACGAGAGCUUGAUUUACCAGCUCUCACAGCUCUCUUCCGAAGAGGCCGUGCUCCUCCUAGCUGGUACAACUGCCCAACUCAAGGCCCAUGCUGGCAUUGUUUUGGAGCAUGUUGCACGGGAGGCAAUUCAGAUUAUGGGUGGGAUUGGGUUGACUCGUGGUGGUCGGGGAGAGCGCGUUGAACGUAUCUGGCGUGAUGUCAAGGCCAUCACCGUCCCUGGAGGGAGCGAAGAGAUCCUUUUAGACUUGGCGACACGGCGGGCGCUGAAUGUUACUGCCAAGCUUCGGGCUGGGGAAGCAGAAGUGGGCAAGCAUAAGCUAUAG